AUGUACAACCAAAAUCACCAACAGGGCCAUGGCUCCCGUCUGAACGGUAACCCAACCGGGCGCGGCAUGCCCAUGCUGUACAGCUUCCAGCAGCCCGGAAACCACCAGCACCAGGCCAUUCCCCAGCACCAUCAGGUCUUGCAAGCUGCCGACCAAGUCACCCACAAUGCUUCAUCUGCCCUUGCCCAUCACUCGGCCUACUCUGCCGGCGUCAUGUCAAACGUCGGUCCGUUCUCAAACGGCCUGCAGAACGGCCACAGCGCAGCUAUGCGAGCCGCACAGCAGACCCCAAUGAACGAGCACUGGGCCGAGCAGCUUCGAAUGCACAAGGAGGCCGAGACCGCCAACAUUGCCAUGGUCGAGCAGAACCAGGCCAACUACUACGCCCGCCUGAAAGCAAGCGAAAAUAAAGGCAUCGGUGGCCCGUCGCCAAUAUUGAAUAACUCGUCCCUUAACGUGGACGGCGACGCAGAAGAUGUCCGGAGAACCUGGACUAUCGAAAAGAAGUCCAACAGGCGACAGGACUGGCACAACCUGGACCUCAGCGGCCAAGGCUUGCGUGCCUUGUCACCCCAACUGUUUCACUACGACUUUUUGCAGGAGCUUUACAUUGCUUCGAACAAGCUGACGGUCCUACCAGCCGCAAUCGGUAGCCUACGACAGCUUCGGCUGCUGGAAGCUUCCAACAACCAAAUAUCCGAACUGCCAGUGGAGCUGGGGAUGUGCACCUUUCUCAAGCAGCUGCUCUUGUUCAACAACAACAUUCGGACACUUCCUUACGAACUUGGUUCCCUUCACAUGCUUGAGAUGCUCGGUAUCGAAGGCAACCCUCUCGACCCAGAACUGAAAAAAGAAAUAAUAGAGAAGGGCACCAAGUCCCUGAUCGUCUAUCUCCGAGAGCAGCCACCGAUUCCACCGCCGCCGAAUGAUCGAAAACUUGUUGUCGUCCAGGAAGAUGUAUCGCCGGCCCUUGAGCAUAUCAAGGUCUUCUCCUGGAACAUUCUAGGCGAAAGAUACGCUACACCUCAAGUGUUUAGCUAUACUCCGUCUGGAGCACUGGCAUGGGACUAUCGCAAAGAGAAGAUCAUGGAUGAAAUCCGCUACCGUAAUGCAGAUUUUGUAUGCCUGCAGGAGAUCACCACCGAUGCGCUGCGUGAAACAUUUGGACCAGAGCUGGCCCAGGCCGACUAUAGAUCGAUACACUACCCUCGAUCAAAAGCGCGCACGAUGACAGAGAAGGAUGCAGCCACCGUUGACGGAUGCGCCAUAUUUUACAAGGGAAGCAAGUUUGUCUUGCUAGACAAGCAACUUAUCGAUUUUCAGGCCAUCGCCAUCAACCGGCCGGACAUGAAGACACAGCACGACAUAUUCAACCGAGUCAUGCCCAAGGACAACAUCGCCAUAGUAGGCUUCUUCGAGAGCCGCCGAACCGGUGCCCGCAUGAUCGUCGUCAGUGCGCACCUGUGCUGGGAGGGCACUCUCGCCGAUGUCAAGAUUGUGCAAACGGCCUUAAUCAUGGAGUUCGUGACAAAACAGGCUGAGAAAUAUGCCCGCUGGCCAGCCUUGAAGGACAAAAAGGCGAUUGAAAUACCGGGCACAGCCGGGGCUGACCCAGUCCAAGUCGAAUGUGCGCCCUCCCAAGAAUACCGCAGCAACACAGAUUUACCAUUAUUCCUGUGUGGCGACUACAAUUCGACAGCCGAUAGCGGUGUCAUAGAACUGCUUCGCGAGGGUCGGCUGCCGCGGGACCAUCACGAGCUUGGCAAAUACCAGUACGGAAACUUCACGCGAGAUGGCAUCGAGCAUCCCUUCAGUCUCAAGUCUGCUUAUCAGCAUCUUGCCAGUACUCCGGACGAGCUUCCUUUCACCAAUUACACACCCGGAUUUGCCAACGUAAUCGACUAUAUCUGGUACACGACCAACACGUUGGAAGUGGUGGAGGUACUUGGUCGCCCAGAUGCGGAAUAUCUCAAGCGCGUACCUGGUUUCCCCAAUUAUCACUUUCCUGCCGACCACAUCCAAAUCAUGGCCGAUAUUGUGAUCAAACCGAGGAAAGACAAAAAGGGUAGCAUCACUGCCUGA